AGCACCAAAACUCUAAAAUGACGAGUGAUGGAACUAAAAAGAAAGGGAAAACUCCAAGUGACAAAAAGGCGUCAAAAAGGAAGGGGAAAAGGCGGGAAACGUAUGCUGUGUAUAUUUAUAAAGUUUUGAAACAGGUCCAUCCCGACACUGGAAUUUCUAGCAGGGCUAUGAGUAUCAUGAACUCCUUCGUCAACGACGUCUUCGAGCGUAUCGCCACGGAGGCAUCCAGACUGACGCUGUACAACAAGCGCUCCACGAUUACCAGCCGUGAGGUGCAGACGGCGGUGCGUCUGCUGCUUCCCGGUGAGCUCGCGAAGCACGCGGUGUCGGAGGGGACCAAGGCCGUGACCAAGUACACGAGCUCAAAAUGA